GGCUGUUGAGUAUAAUCUUGUGAAUGUAAUGUGAAAGAUAGCGAUAAUAAAGGUUUUCUGGAUAACUCAAUUGAAUUUGAAACUUGAAAUAUAUAAAUAUAUUUGUCAAAGUCUUUAAUACAUAAGUUUAAUUAAAAAUGAUUAUGUUCUGUCCAACUUGCGGUAAUAUGUUGAUGGUAGAGGAAGGAACCAUGUGUUAUAGAUUUGCCUGCUCCUCGUGUCCAUACAUUCAUAACAUCACUCGUAAAAUUGUAAAUAGGCAAUACCCGAAACUAAAAGAAGUUGACGACGUCUUGGGAGGAGCUGCCGCCUGGGAGAAUGUGGAUCACACUCAAGAAACCUGCCCUAAGUGCUCUCAUCCCGAGGCAUUCUUUAUGCAGAUGCAAACUCGCUCGGCGGACGAACCUAUGACGACAUUCUACAAAUAUGUUGGUCUUUUUUUGUCUGGUCCAAAUGGAAUGAGACUGAUAGUGAAUGUCGUAGAGAUUGUUCCAAUCCUUUCGGAUAUAAGUGUAGGGGUUGCGGAUCUUAUACCGGUCAAUGGUCAAAAUGGAAAAUUGUUGGACGUAAUUGCCCUAAAAGUACAAGCUAUUGCGAAAACCCUCGCAACUAGAAAGCGCUUUUGCCGACGUAUUAGCGAAGACUUUGGCUGGUGCAGAAAUUUUAAAGGGGAACAAUUUGAGAGUGAAGAAAUUGAAAAAAGACCUUGUCUCUCUUCACUGAAUAAUGAACCUGUCUGUGUAAAGUCUUGGAGUCAGUGGGGCUCCUGGUCGGAAUGUGAUAAUUCUAAAUGUCGAAUUGUAUACGCUCAAAGGGAGAGAAAUUGCACCGGUUACGGUCGUAAAUGUUCUCAUCAAGGUGGAACUAACAAGGAAGUGAAGGCCUGCUUUGAUGACAAAGGAGAAUACAUUGGCCAAACGUGUAAAAAUAUUGAUGGAGAGUGGGGUCCUUGGUCUAGUUUUUCACACUGUGACAAGACGUGUGGAACUGGGAUUAUGGUCUCAAAAAGAUAUUGUAAUAACCCAAAACCUCAAGGUUUUGGAGAUUAUUGUUAUGGUACAAAUAUAAAUAUUAAAGCAUGGGAAAGAUUUCGUAGUUGUGAUAAUCCUAAACCAUCUUUUAUGGGUCAAAAGUGCCUUGGUAAAGAUAUGGAAAAGCGAAAUUUUUGUAUUCAAAUACCGUGCCCACCUGAAAGACCUAAUUAUUUGUCUGCAAGACUACGCGAGUCAAUCAGUAGAUAUUUAAAUGUGUCAAGGAAAGCUUACAAUAAAAAGAAAGGCGAAGAUUUGAAAUUGAGUCCGCCAAAUUCGUUAACUUAUGCGAUCGAACGUGAGUUUCCAAAGACAAUUUACGAAUGGCAAUUUGGCAACGAAAUAUUUGAAUAUAAUCGUGAAAUUCCUAAAAAGAACUGGCUUUAUGUAAAUUCAACUUAUGAGUCCAAGACACUUACGGUCACCAACCUUAGCGGAAGUGAUUUAGGAGUUUAUGUUGUUUGGGCUCGCUUCGAGCCUAUGAGAAGGACAGUAUUGGACAUUAUGUCCUUGUCCAUUGAUGGUUGGGACAACGAUAUUAACUCUGAAGAAGGCAAACCUCUUAGCUUGGACUGUAGAAGUGGUUAUCUUACGCAUAUUUUUCCAAAUGCCUACCUUGUUUGGAUGCUAAAUGAAACAUUAUUUACCAAUUUAUCGGGCAAGGCUUCUCUGCCAGAGUCAUUUCUUUUAGAAAAAACAAACAUCAAUGUUCACAGUGGCCUUUGGCAAUGUGUCGUUUUCGACUCUACUGCAAUCCGGACCAGCCGAACUUGGAUAACAAAUAGUUUCAAGCUUACUGUUAGAGAAGAAUAUGAUUUACUAAAGUUAUUAAGAAUGCCAGCUUUUUGGGCUGUUAUUGUGGGUGGUAUUAUCACUGUGACAUUUAUGGCAUUUUGCUUUGGCUUGCAUAAACAAAGGGUGCUCCAAAAGAAAAUAGAGAGAGAUCAAAGGUACCUUCUAGAAUACUUUAGACAACGAGAAAAGCAACCACUGUUGCAAGACGAUUACAUGGAAGAAGCUAUUAUUUAUUUAGCUGAGGGAGGCAUUUUACACAGUGGAACAUAUCAAAUAGUGCCACCUCAUAAGUGGAUAUUAAAAGAAGUACCAAAAGAUAAACCAAACAGAACAAUUACUUCCAAGACGAAUAACUUAAAAAUAUGA